AUGCUGCCGUACCUGUUCCCCGAUCUGUCCACCUUUACUACAGGUCCUGCUCCUUCAGGUGUCUCUCAGGUAGACCCUCCUCCCGUCGCUGAGCCUGUCGAGGUCACAGGUGACUCAGGUGCUGCUGCGGGUGGUGCUGCUGGGAGUGCUGAGCCUGGGGGUGCUGAGCCUGGGGGUGCUGAGCCUGGGGGUGCUGGGCCUGGGGGUGCUGGGGCUGCAGGUGCUGGGACUGAGGGUGCUGGAGCUGAGGGUACGGUGCCUGAGAGUACGGAGCCUGGGGGUGCUGCGCCUGGGGGUGCUGAGCCUGCGGGUGCGGGGCCUGGGAGUGCUGGGACUGCAGGUGCUGGAGCUGAGGGUACUGUGCCUGAGAGUUUGCCGCCUGGGGGUGCUGAGCCUGGGGGUGCUGAGCCUAGGGGUACUGAGCCUGCGGGUACUGAGCCUGGGGGUGCUGCUACUGAGCCUACGGAGCCUCGGGUUACUGCGUCUGGGGGUGCUCCGGUUCGGGGUGCUGAGCAGUCUCUCACACCGCAGCAGCUUCGUGACUGGUACGUCCGACGCUUUCGCCGUCCUAGUGGCUCGGCUGGAGUUGGGGGUGCUGGAGCUGCUCGUCCUGGGGGUGCUCGUACUGGGGGUACUGGAGCUGCCGGGACUGGCUGUUCUGGGAGCACUGCGACUGGAGCUGCUGGAGCUGGGGACUCUGGCGCUGGCGGUGCUAGCGGAGUUGGAGCUGCCGACUCUGGGGGUGGCGCUGCUGCUGGUGCUGCGGACCCACCUGGUGGAGCUGCUGCUGGUGCUGAGGAGUCGGACGGUGGAGCUGCUGCUGGAGCUGGGGACCCGGCCGGUGGAGCUGCUGCUGGUGCUGUGGACCCGGACGCUGGAGCUCCUACUGGUGCUGAGGACCCGGCCGCUGGAGUCCCUUCUGCUUCUGGAGACGCUGCGCGGCCGCGACCGUACUUCGUACCGCUCCUUCAGCAGGUUCUUGGGCAGGCUCCUCCUCCUUUUCCUCCUCCCUCCGUAGAGUGUCCUCCGCCUGUCCAGCCGCAGUCACAGUUACCGCCUGCCUCGCCUCUCCCUGCUCCCUCUCCUUAUACUGGUCCCACAGGAGGUCUUACAGAGCGUCGUGAGCCUGAGUCUCGUCCUGCGUCGCCUGUUCGUCCUGCUCGCACUGCUAGUCGUGUCCGUCGUGAGCGUCCUCCUCCUGUCCCAGGCACUCACUACAUGACUCUGCGUCCCUCUACUGCUCCUCGGCGUGUCCCUCUACCGUCUCCUCCUGCGUCCUCUUUGCCUGACGUUCCGGACCCUGAGUCUGACCGGUAUCGCGCUGAGCACCCUACAGUCACGCGUCUCCUCGCUACUGUUGUCACUGACCCUACCUUUGAGUCCUCGGCUGCGUCUGCUCUGGUCGCUGAGUUGGUUGACUUUGCUGCUGCCUGUCGUCUAGACUACGCUGCUAGCCUUGUUGCUGAGUCAGAGUCUGCGUCUGUCUGUCCUCCGUCCGUCGGGGGUGAGUGUGCUCUUGGCACGGACGUCCUUGAGGACAGGCAGGAGGACUUUGACUCUCUUGCGGCUGCUGUACCUCAUCUCGUGGCCUGGUUGCUUGCCCCUGAGGGAGACCCGGAUGCACUAGACAUCCCCACUCCGCGCACUUACGCAGAGGCGAUCUCGGGUCCCUACUCCUCUCAGUGGCAGACAGCCAUGGACGCAGAGAUGGCAUCCUGGAAGUCCACAGGCACCUACGUCGACGAGGUUCCCCCUCCUGGGGCAAACAUCGUCGAUGGCAUGUGGAUUUUCAGGGUGAAGCGGCCGCCAGGUUCUCCGCCUGUCUUCAAGGCUCGUUACGUUGCUAGAGGCUUCAUGGAGUCUCCGCCGGCCAGUCUACGGUCUCCGCCAGGCGCCACGUGA